CAUGACAUCGGAAAAUCAGUGAUUGGAUUUUCUAGUGUCUUCUCGUAAAACCUCAAAUUGAAAGAGAAGUGUAGAGCACAACAUCGAAGAGAAUGAGAAUCAAAACCAUUGCGAUUAGGAGGGCUAAGCGUUCCAAAAAGGCGGCUCCUCCACCUUCCUCGAACUCACCGAUUCAUCAGCAUUUGGCCGAAGCUACUAAAGGAUAUCAUUUAGAUGGUGAACAUCAUGAAUCAUCAAGCCACACUGAUUCUGGUCAAGAGAAUGAUGGUGUUGAUCAUGAUGCUGGUAAUGGCAAUUAUAAUGUUGAAGAUGCAAAUCUGGAUUCUGUGGGGGUUGAUAGUCAUGUGAAGAAACACCAUUCUUCAGGGCCUAGUAAAGGGGGUGUGGUUAUGGAUUGUUUAGGUGGAAACUUUUGUAUUCUAUGCAAGAGAGGUGGUAGUCAACUUUUACAUUGCAGUGAAAAUGGCUGUCCAAUUCGUUUACAUGAGGUGUGCAUGGAAACUAGGCCUACAUUUGAUGAAAUGGGUCAUUUUUAUUGUCCAUAUUGUUGGUACAGGAGAGCACUGUUGAAGACUGAACAGUUAAGAAGGAAAGUUAGGUUGGCAAAGAGGGAUUUGUUGAACUUCAUGGGUUCCAAGUUGGCUAGUGAAAAUGGAGAGAAACAGAAAGAUUCAAGGGGAAAGGAGAAUGGGCAAAAUAAAUCAACUAAUGCUGGGAAAAGAAAUUGCUGUGAUUCUGAAAAUGGGCUGCAUGAUCAUGUUGAAUCCAUGAAAAAAGAAAAGACUGAUAAGGUAAACAGCCUCAAAGCUCCUAGGUAUGAACAUUUUGGAAAUAUAGACAGGAAAGAAGAGGAUAAUGGAUAUAGUGAUCACAAAAUUAUGGAGCACCAAUAGCCUAAAGAUUCAUCUACUACCUACUAUUUAUAGAAGAAAAUUGCAGAUGACCCACUUCAUUUAUCAUGUGACGCUGUAGUGGUGUUAUAAAAGGAUCAGAUGAGAAUGAAGGAGCAAGAGUCAAUUCAUCCCAAGGGAAUAGUGAGCACUACCUUUUUCAAUUGAAGAAGAUUCUACAUCUGGGGUGCCUGCAGUGGGCAAGCUGAAGCAUAAGCCUUCAGGUAUGGAUACUGAUACAGACAUUGAAGAGGAAUGAGAAGCAGCAAUUGGAUAGUUUUUUACAUUAUUUAGGAUUGUAAGUAGUUACCAUUAUUUUAAGCGUAUAGCUUUCCAAUGACAAGGAAGAAGAAGCAACAAUUGAAGUCAUUUACAUUAUUUAGGAUUGUUAUGCAGUUAUUAUUAUUCUGAAGUGUAUUGUUAGUUCUCCUAUCUGACACUGUACAGGUUGAAGGUGUGGUGGGUUUUAGGGAUUUAAGGUUAGUUUAGCCUAAAAUAGGAGCGGUGAAUGUUAUGAAUAACAUGAAUCAAGCAGUUGAAUAUUCAUUUACAUUAUUUAGGAUUGUUAUGAAGGAGGGCAGAGAUUUUCAUCAACAAAAAAAAAAAAAAAAAAAAAGGGAGACAUAUUCCCCGGUGGAGAAUUUGGAAUUCGGUCAGUGUGUAUUUGGUGGUAAUUUUACUUUAGCUGAUCACAAGGAUAAAUGGAAGUAUACAGUCUAAGAAUCCAUAGCAAGCAAUGGGAAGUCACCCUUAAAAGGUCUAGAUGGAGAGGAAGAAGAUAAUGUUUUAAAGUGGUGCGCAUGUUAUUUUGUCUAAACUAAAUCCGUCAAGAACAUGCAGGGGCCUCUGUUGUGAGAUAUGGCUAAAUGGUUAUGUAAAUAAUCUUAUUAUCAACUCUCUAUUUGCCCGAAGCUGGUCUGCAUUUCACAUUUUUUUCUCCCUGGAUGGGAUUUAGUUUGUGCUUAACUUUUGUCUUUGAUUGGUGGGUGUUAGAUUUUGCUGAACUAAUUUCGCUCUUGCUCCUGAUGUUAAUCCCAUAUUUCUUUUUACUGAGUAUUUGAAGAGAACUGUUUUGGAAAAUUUCUUCUACCGCACGCCUUCUCUUUCUCUUGUUCUUUGUUUUUAUUGUUGCUGUCUCAAUCUUAGUAAAAUUUUCAGGUUAGG